CUUGUUGCCCUCGUAGCCUUGUGUAAGUGAAGUUUGACUAUAUGAAUCUAUCUCCCAUCGCAGCUUCUCACAUUCUGGUGAAAGCCCGCCGUCGUUGACGUCAUGGCCAAAACAACUCCAUGUGAUGACUCGACAUUGCUAUACAUACUCUGGUUCAUUACUUAGAGUAUAUUCAGUGCUUUUCGUUAGCUAUCCUCAAUCGUCCAGAUAUCAGUUCGGAUUUUCAGACUAGCAUUGUUCGCCUGAAGUGAACGUUGACGCCCAUUUGUUGUCCUGCACGUGCCCAACGACCAGCCCCGGACGCUCGUUCUCACCCGCCAGACUUCAUCCUCUUUCCUCCCAAUCCUCUUUCUCUGCCUUACUAUCCUCUCAAUAUAAAUUGCAGCCAUGUGUAUCGCCUUAAUAUCAACAGCUCAUCCGUCUUACUCUCUCAUAAUAAUCAAUAACAGAGAUGAAUACCUACGCCGCCCAACUGCCCCAGCAGAUUACUGGCCACCCCCAAACACGCGCAUCCUCGGCGGCCGCGACCUUGCCCGUAAAACCCAAGGAACCUGGAUGGGAAUAACCCGCACCGGCAAAGUCGCCAUCCUAACAAACUACCGUGAACGCACCUCAGACGCGGCUACGGGCCAGCAAUCGCGGGGCGCAAUUGUCAACAGCUGGCUCACACGUACCCCGGAUCACCCUACAACCGAGUAUGUCGAGGAGAUGGUGGCUAGCCCCACAGCUCGCAAUGUCGGCGGGUUCAGUCUUGUGUGUGGGUACGUGAGUGAGCCGUUGGCGAUUGUAUCGAACCGAUCAAGCGACAUGGAUCAGAUUACGUGGAUUGCAGGUGAAAAGGGACAGACAAAGGGGUUGAGUAAUACGGUUUUCGAUGAUAGGAGCUGGCCCAAGAUUCUGGAAGGGGAGAGGCUCGUCGAUGAGGCGAUUGAGGGGCAUGUUAAACAGGAAAAGGGAGAAGGGGACGAGGAGUUGUUGAUCGAGAGGUUAAUCGAGGUGCUGAAUACGAAUUCGCUACCACAGUUGGGUGGCGAUGCGACAGCGGAGGAUUAUCUUCCGUACUUUAGGAGGAGUAUAUUUAUCCCGCUUAUUGGGAGAAGAGAGAGACCAAAGGCCCCUGCUGCGGCUGGGGAGAUUGCAGCAUCGAGUUCGGGGCAGUCACCCUGUGCUGAUGGACAUGCGCAUGGAGCGGCAUCAGAAUCUGUCAAGGAGCCCGAGGCUGGGCACGAUAUCCUCGACCAGUCAUAUCUACAUGGUCCGUACGGAACACAAAAGCAAACGGUCAUACUUGUUCGGAGAGACGGACGAGUGAGGUAUUUCGAGCGCACUCUCUACGAUCAAGAGGCCAAGGCUGUCCCUAUCGGCCAGGGAGACAGGUCUUUUGAGUUCCAGGUGACGCGAUGAACCCCAUUUAUGCGUCCGCUACUUAUCCGUCAUACCUACAGACCCUUCAGCGUGUUCCGUCUUUAUUAUAAUGAUUUCAUGGAUCAUGAGCGGUAUGAUUAUAGAGACCCGGUACAUAUUAAAUCAAAACUAUUUCGCUUUGAAUCUGGCCCACUGGUCUGCUUGCUGUGUCUGACAGUUACGGGU